AUGGAUUACCGCGCCAGGUAUUUCGUGUUUUUCGCGCUUUGCCUGAUACUGUCGGAGUACGAGGCGAACGAUGAGUACCGAGCGACGAGCACGCUCUCCAGGAAACGCCGUUACGUCGUUUUUCCAGAGGGCUCCACGUUUUCCAUCGCGCUCUGCAUGACCGUGCACACCCUCACGCCAGAUGAUGACAUUUUCACUGAGGGCCUCAACUGGGGCAUUUCCUACGACCUGCCCAACGAAAGCAAGCCCGCCCUGGAACCCUUUCUUGAACUGAGAAACGACAAAAUUCCAACCGGCAGCAAGCACGACCGCUACGGUGCCGUGAAGUAUUCAGGAUGGAACGACAAGUAUCGCUUCGUGCCCGGCAGGAAGAAGUAUCGCAAGUCCGAGUAUUAUUAUCUGCAGAGGAGACACCGGCGGGAGCUCUACAACAAACUGGAGGUCAUCAUGAACGCGAUGGGCUUCAACGGUAGGACAUGUAUUUUACGAGCGCUCUGUGAGGCGUCCCAGCGAUUAAUGCCGAAAGGAAACACUUUGGUGGAGGAGAUGAUGAGGAUAUCGUUUUCGCUGCCCCUGAAGAGAGUGUUCUCGUUCGAGCCGGAGGAGCAUCACACGUACACCCAGGCCCAUAAAGCCGGCCACGAGGGCAAGAACUGCGCCGUCGUGUUUCCCGGGUGCAGCUUCUCCCUCAUCGACAUGGCCCUCGGGAAAUAUAACGCGCCCCCGCGCCCCGACCAGUCCGGAGAUCCUGCGGACUAUGCCGGAACUUUCGGCACGGGGGAUGAGCCCGCUGCGGAUUGGCCGAGAACGGUCUUAGCACCCGUGAUCUUGAUGCUGAAGUAUCAUAGGCCUCUCAGACUGAAGGGUUGCUGGCAGGAGACCAGUUUUCUCACCGGCUCAGACCGACAAUAA